GAAGUUUGGAAUUGUAAAGUGGGAAUGGAGAACUCGAAUAACAAUAAACUAAAAUUUGUAAAAGAAAAAUAUGUUCUUUUCUAAUUCUAAAUCAGAAAGAGAAACAGAUGCAAAGUUGAAAAAUUCCUGAAAUGGAAGACGCGGCAAUAUAAUUGCGAGAGAAGUUUCUGACAGGGCUCCAUUUCUUCUUCUUUUACCCCCCAACCAUUUCUCCAGGUUCCUUCUACAUCUCUUCUCUCUGUUUCCUUCCACGAACAACACACCACGACCACGCGCUUCCAACUCUAAACGCCGCCUUCUCUUCUUUAUAUACAAAAAAAAGGGUAAAGGUUUUUUAACAAAUUAAGGCCAACUCGACUUUAGAAUUAUACCCAUCUCGCAUUUUGAUUCUUCUAUGUCGACAUUUGCCAUUCAGGGUCAACCUCUUGAAGUCACCGUUAUUGGAUGCACAAAGUUGAAAGAUACAGAAUGGAUUUCAAGGCAGGAUCCUUAUGUGUUUCUUGAAUAUGGUAGUACAAAGUUUCGUACCACCACUUGCACAGAUGGUGGUAGAAAUCCAACAUUCCAAGAGAAAUUUGUUUUUUCUCUUAUUGAAGGGCUAAGAGAGAUUAAUGUCACAGUUUGGAACAGCAAUACAGUUACUUAUGAUGACUUCAUUGGCAAUGGAAAAAUCCAAUUGGCUAAAGUUCUAGCAGAAGGGUAUGAUGAUAGCUCAUGGUCACUUCAAACUAAAACUGGCAGACAUGCUGGGGAAGUACGACUGAUACUACAUUUUGCAAAUGCCAAUAGACCUACAUCAAGUUUUGCGCCCUCGGCACCACCAUUUCAUGUACCUACUCCACCCCAAGUCCCUGCAUACAUUACGAUGCCCCCGCCGUCACCGGCACACCCAACAGCGUAUCCUCCUCCUACUCCUACACCCUAUGCAUCAUUCCAAUCUCCCUAUCCUUCUUACCCACCCAGCUCUGGAACAUAUCAAACAUCCAUGUAUUCCUCCCCAUAUCCCUCUGGGUAUCCUCCCACAUCGUACCCCCCACCUCCCUCGGCUUAUCCUCCCAAUCCUUACCCACCACCUCCACAAGCCUCACCUUUCUAUCCUCCAGGUCCUUACCCCGGAGUUUAUCCCCCACCUCAGUAUUGAAGUCUCAAGGUUGGCUCUGAAUGAUCAUUUCAUAAGUUGUAUAGAGAGCUCCACUUUCUUUUAGUCUGGCUGUAGACUUCUAUGCUAAUGGUUUUUUUCUUUUUUUUUCUCCUUUUCUUAGUCCUUUUUUGUUUGGUGUAAUUUGUAAAGACAGGGAUUUGACAGUAAUAUAUUGAGGUUGCUGUUCUUUUGUUUUGUUUUCA